CCUGGGCCUCAGCAUCCUUAUCUGUUCCGCCAGAUGUGUUUUGGUCUCACUGCUAGAUGUGUUUUGGUCUCACCAUCUCCAGGUCGGAGGUCUAGCCUUGGCAGAAGAAGGACCUGGGAUCCUGCUGCUUUCGUCUCUGGGAUACUGAAGCAGAGAGCCACACAUCCGCACAGCCCAGGGAGGCGUCCAUCCCUUCCCAGCCCCGUCUGUCCAGCAUCCCAGAACAGCAGUGAGCUAGCUGGCUGGCUGGGAAGGCCCUGUCCGGUGCCUUUGGCCCACGGUGGCCCAGGGAACGGCCCUCCCUCUGCUGGGGUGCAGCAAGCAGCGGGGGUGGGGUGGGGAGGCUCAUCUCCAGCUGGCUUGUGUCUGUGAACCCCUCCCUCCCCCCAGGCCUGUCCACAGGGCCUUGGGACCAGCCAGAGAAGUCAGGCUCACUAGAGCGAGGAGACAUGAGGUUACUUGGCCGGACUGAGUCCUGCUCCCGGGGAAGCACAAUGCCCAGCCCACCCCGUGCUCGGUGCCCCCUCCACUGCCGAAGACUUUGACCUUGUGUUCCAGGGCUAGCUGGUGGGCAGAGGGCUGAAGUCAACACAGCCCAGAAAGUCGGGAGCGUUCCUGCAGGGCAAACAGGAACCUGCACCCCAGGCUGUUUUUCUCCGGAUACCUGGAUACCUGGCGCCAGUGGGGACAAAGGUCAUAAGCAGAGAGACACAGAGAGAAGUCAGUGCCGGCUGACUGCUGUUGGGAGGCUGGCGUGAUGCGCGUGGCCGUGAUCGGAGCGGGAGUCAUCGGGCUGUCCACGGCCCUCUGCAUCCACGAGCGUUACCACCCGACGCAGCCGCUGCACAUGAAGAUCUAUGCGGAUCGCUUCACACCGCUCACCACGAGCGAUGUGGCUGCGGGCUUCUGGCAGCCUUAUCUCUCCGACCCCAUCAACCCGCAGGAGGUGGAGUGGAACCAGCAAACUUUCGACUACCUGCUGAGCUGCCUCCAUUCUCCACACGCAGAGAAAAUGGGCCUGGCCCUCAUCUCAGGCUACAACCUCUUCCGAGAUGAAGUUCCGGACCCUUUCUGGAGAAACACAGUUCUUGGAUUCCGGAAGCUGACCCCCAGAGAGAUGGACAUGUUCCCUGAUUAUGGCUAUGGCUGGUUCAACACAAGCCUCCUUCUUGAGGGGAAGAGCUACCUCCCAUGGCUGACUGAGAGGUUAACGGAGAGAGGUGUGAGGCUCAUCCAUCGGAAGGUGGAGUCUCUCGAGGAGGUGGCAAGAGGAGGCGAGGAUGUGAUCAUCAACUGCACUGGGGUGUGGGCCGGGGCUCUGCAAGCGGACGCCUCCCUGCAGCCAGGCCGGGGCCAGAUCAUCCAGGUGGAGGCCCCGUGGAUUAAACACUUCAUCCUCACCCACGACCCCAGCCUCGGCAUCUACAACAGCCCAUACAUCAUCCCAGGUUCUAAGACAGUUACGCUCGGAGGCGUAUUCCAGCUGGGAAAUUGGAGUGAGCUAAAUAGCGUCCGGGACCACAAUGCCAUCUGGAAGAGCUGCUGCCAACUGGAGCCCACCCUGAAGAAUGCAAGAAUUGUGGGUGAACUCACUGGCUUCCGGCCAGUCCGGCCUCAGGUCCGGCUAGAAAGAGAACACCUUCGUUUUGGAUCUUCAAGUGCAGAGGUCAUCCACAACUACGGUCAUGGAGGUUACGGACUCACAAUCCACUGGGGUUGCGCGAUGGAGGCGGCCAACCUCUUUGGGAAAAUUCUAGAAGAAAAGAAGUUGUCCAGGGUGCCUCCAUCUCUCCUCUGAGUACUCUAGCGACUGCCACCUGCCCAAGACGACACCUCCAGCCCUUUUGCAGAGGGAUUCCCUCUCCCCACGCCCUCCCCAGCCCCACCCCCAGUUCUGCCCCAGCCCCACCCCUGGCUUCCUCUGGCAAAGGCACAAAGGGAGGACUCAUCCAGAGCAGUCCUAACCAGCCAGCUGGGUGAGACAGGCAAGAUCUACUGCUGUGGUGCAGUUCUUCUCACGCGGGAAGGACUGUGCUAAGGCUGGUUGCACUGGGUGGCAGGGUGUGUUCAGUCCUAUAAAGAGUGGUCUGGAAUCUUUUGCUUAGAACUCUGAUGAAUGGUUCACAACACACUCCCUGUGUAUCUAUAGUGGUGGGAGGAGGGGGCAAGGGGGGAGGGGGGGGAGGAGGACUACUCCCUCCUCAGCACUCUGCUGGUCAACAUUAUUAAAACACUGGAUAUCCGAA